GCACCUUCACCGCUCUCCGCGGCUGCUAUGCGCCUCAUCCAGAACAUGUCCACUAUCCAGGAAUACUCCCAGGAAUACCCUUCCGGGCGGGUGGUGAAGAUCGCGGUGAUCGGCGGCAGCGCUGUGGGCAAAACCGCUCUAGUAGUUCGGUUCCUAACCAGAAGGUUCAUCGGAGACUACGAAAGGAAUGCAGGUACCCUGUACUCGAGGCAAGUCCAAGUGGAUCGAGAACAACUUGCGAUACAAGUUCAGGAUACUCCUGGUGUUCAGAUAAAUGGACAGAGUUUGAGCUGCAGCGACCUUAACCGAUCCAUACAGUGGGCUGAUGCCAUCGUCCUGGUCUAUUCAAUCACAGACUAUAAAAGCUAUGAACUGAUCAGUCACCUCCACCAGUAUGUCUGCCGUGCACAUCCAGACAACCGAGUUCCUGUUGUCAUUGUAGGGAAUAAAGCUGAUCUACUUCAUGCUAAACAAGUUGAAACUCACCACGGUCUACAACUGGCAAACCUAUUAGGCUGCACCUUUUAUGAAGUGUCUGCCAGUGAGAACUAUAAUGAUGUAUACAAUGCUUUCCAUGUCUUAUGCAAAGAAAUUAGUAAACAGCAAAUGAGCAGCAAUGCUGAGAAGAGGAAGACCAUCAUACCCAGGCCAAAGUCCCCCAACAUGCUAGAUUUAAGGAGACGCUUCAAGCAAGCUCUUUCUGCCAAAGUGCGGACUGCAACAUCUGUUUGAGAUGACCUGAAGAGACUGUGAUUGAAAUACAAAAUAAUGCAGUGCUUCAACAUAAAGACUGAUGCAACCUAAAAUGAUGAGUGUGAACAUCUGGAAGGCUAUGUUGGGAAGCUGCUUGACCAUAGGAAGUGCAAAAGACUGUAUUCAGCCAGAUGGUUCUUUGAUCCCUUGCUCAAGUAGUUGAUUUAACAUUUGCUGCUUCAGUGAGCCUAGCUUUACAGACUGUAGUUGGAGCAGACUAUUCUAUGGAACAGUCAGAAGCACUCUGAGAAGGCCCGAUCGGUUUAUUGAAAGUUUUUUUUGUACAAUAAUUUUUGAAAGAUGUGUAGUGGUGACGGCUAGCCAAUUGGGAGAAAUCCUAAAUACUUUAAAAUGGCUACUGGGUAGCUUGUUCUGGUCUUUAGUAUGUGGGGAAACUGCCUUGAUGUUUUUUAAUAUAAAAAUGCUUCAGACUUCCCCUUUGCUGAAAUAAUAGCAGCUGUAUGACAUCUUUGCAAUGUGCCUCUGACUUUUUAGAUCCCAAUAGGCACCCGCAAAAUGAAAGUAUUUUUAAAAUACUAGAUUUGUAGUUCCCAAUCUAAAAUGUUUUGUAGUGGGUGGGUGGGGAGGAAGGUAGGCAAGUAAACGGGACUGAAUGGUUUGCUAUUUUAAAGAGACAGCACAGAUACAAUGAGCUGAAGGGUCUUCUGUACUGUAAAAUUCUGUUUUUUUUCUUGAUUAAACCACGUAGUUUAUUAUCUGCACACUCUAUUUGCACUCUAAUGCAACUGAUCUUAACAUGCAAAUUGUUGAGCAACAACUUGUCCCCUCCUCCCCAUUCUUUGUCAAGCUUUUUAGCUUUGUGAAGAAUUAAUCAUCAUGUGAAAUUGUAUUAUUUUUCUCUUUUUCCUCAGCCCCACCCCCCCCCACCCCCUUUUUCUAUGCAUCCUCCAAUAAAAUAUUUGCCCACAGCUGGCUAAAUAAAACCAGGCAGUAGUUGUAAUGCCAGGACAUUUGUCCAAUGAGGCAUUUGAACUGAGUGGAGCUGAUAUCCGACAUCAGCCUUGUGGCUUUUCUCCUGUGUUCGGUCCGAAGGGGAUAGAAACUCCCCUCUAAAUGCACUUUAUGAAAGCCACGGUGCUUUUGGUUUGAUCGGUUUACAAUGAUCUUUCUCCAAAGGAAGAUGCCCUUUGUACAAUUUGACAAAUAAAACCAUUUAAAUUGUA